AUAAAAUGCGGCCGGCGGAGGAGGAGAAGAGCAGAGGUCGAGGUGCUACAGCAAAUCUGAGCAACACGACGAGAAAGAAGAAAGAAAACUUUCUUUGAUUUUUCUCUCGUAGGAUUUUUGUGCGCUCGGACUGCGCGCUGCUGUUGUGGUUCCAGCACCUCGGACAGAGUCUUUUGAGGUCCACAUACCUGCGACAAUAUGAGGAAUGCGAGAAGAUCAGUGGGCACCUCGGAGCUGUGCUUUAUGGCUCUGUGUAGCCUGUUGUGCUGCAGGACACUUUCAGCUCUCCCGGCCAUCAACACCUACUCUGCCAUCAGGUCAGGCAGCCUGAGUCGUGAUGGAGAGCCAUCUCAGGACCUGGAAGUAUACAAACUUCUGUAUGAAAUUGCAAACAGAGUGGAAAGACCUCCGAGACAUGCGGAUGGACUUUUCACCAGCGGAUACAGCAAGCUCCUCGGACAACUUUCAGCCAAAGAAUACCUUGAAUCCUUACUUGCAAAGCGUGUCAGUGAUGAGCUGAGCGCAGAUGACCUACGCAUGAAACGCCACUCGGAUGCGGUGUUUACAGACAACUACAGCCGGUAUCGCAAGCAGAUGGCAGCCAAAAAGUACCUGAACACGGUCUUAGCAGGAAAGAGAAGCCCAGAAGAUGCCUUAAUGCUGUCUAACCAGUCCAAAAGCACCGACUCAUCUUUACCUCAGAGCUACGAGGAUGAGUUCGAUCAGCUCCUCCAGCAGCUCCCUCUAAGCAUCUAGAUGACGACGACGAUGUGGCACCUUAAACACUGGACCUAUAAUCUGUCUACUGUAAAAUAAUCAUAACAAAUUAUAUCAACAUGUGUGGCAAAGAUGAUUACUGUUGUAUUUGUCCAUCAAAGAGCUAUUAUUUUUUAAGAUGGCUGCUGGUGUCUGAAAUUGUAUCCAAACAAAGACAAAUAAUAAAAAUGUUUAA